AUGGUACUAGACUUGGGCCCCGUCCAUGAGCCUAAAGAGGAGUCAAUCAAAGUCUUCAAGGACAUCGAGCACGAGCUCAAGAAGGAGCUCCUGCAUACCCGCCGCGAAUAUCAGAGUAAGAACCCUGCCUUCGUCGGAAGGGAUCUACAAGUUCACCAGCUGAUGUCCAACCCCGUACCAGAGCACGAACGCGAGUAUUUCCAGGCUGUUGAGGAGCUGGACGACGACCAACUGGCUGGUUUCAGCUCAAAGGACCUCGUCGCUGUCAGAGUCGCUGUCUCAGCCUACGGCGUUCACCUCUUCGGCAAGAUUCGUAUCCCAGCCAUGUCCGACUCAGGACCUGCAUACAUCCACUUCAGAGCCUUUGAUGUGCCUGGAGGCGACGAGCCGGCUAAGCUACACAGCAUCCACACAGAGGAAAAGGAGCAUUCUGACGGCGACAAGACCUAUCGCGCCAUCUUCACCAAGAAUGACCCACUGGAAUGGUUUGACACAUAA